AUGUUGGUCCAAAUGUUUCGUUUCCUUCGCAAACCCAAUCUAGCUGCACUUUCUCUCCCCCAACACAAAUCUUUUCACCUCACUCCUCACCUCCAAUGGAAGCUUCGAGAAGAAUCAAAACUCCCCGAACCCGAACUCCUCGACCGAAUCUCUCGCCUUCUCAUCCUCCACCGUUACCACGCCCUCAACCGCCUCUCCUUCCAUUUCUCCGACCACCUCACCGACGCCCUCCUCCGCCGCCUCCGCCUCAACCCCACCGCCUCCCUCGCCUUCUUCCAUCUCGCCUCCAAUCACCAAACCUACCGCCCCCACUCCCACUCCUACUGCAUCCUCCUCCACAUCCUCGCCCGAGCCCGAAUGUACCCUGAAACGAGGUCGUUUUUGCACCAGCUCGUGACCCUUCACUGCACCAACAAUUACCGCGCCUUCGCCGUUUGUGAUCAGAUAGUUAGCGUUUACAAAGAGUUUGGGUUUUCGGCCACGGUUUUCGACAUGGUUCUCAAGGUUUUCGCGGAAAAAGGGAUGACUAAGCAUGCACUGCACGUGUUCGACGAAAUGGGAAGGUUGGGUCGGAGCCCGAGUUUGAGGUCCUGCAAUUGCUUGUUGGGGAAGUUGGUUAACAAGGGUGAAUCAAUGACCGCGGUGAUGGUUUUCGAGCAGAUUGAGAGAAUGGGGAUUGUGCCUGAUGUUUAUAUGUGUAGCAUUGUUGUGAAUGCGCAUUGUCAAUUGGGGAGAGUGGAUAUGGCUGUGGUGUUUAUGGAAAAGAUGGAGAAGAUGGGGUUUGAGGUUAAUGUUGUGACUUACAAUGCUUUGAUUAAUGGGUAUGUUUGCAAGGGGGAUGUGGAAGCUGCUGAGAGGGUGUUGGGUUUGAUGUCCCAAAGAGGGGUUUUGAGGAAUGUGGUUACUUGCACUUUGUUGUUGAAAGGUUAUUGUAAACAAUGCCGGAUGGAUGAAGCCGAGAAGUUGCUUCGGGAUAUGGAGGAAGAUGAGUUGAUUGUUGUGGAUGAGCGUGUUUAUGGUGUGCUGGUGGGUGGCUAUUGUCAAAUGGGGAGAAUGGAUGAUGCGGUUAGGAUUCGAGAUGAGAUGUUGACGGCAGGGUUGAAGAUGAAUUUGUUCAUUUGUAACUCCUUGGUUAAUGGGUAUUGUAAGCACGGUCAGGUUUGGAAAGGUGAGCAAGUGUUUAGGGAAAUGGUGGAUUGGAAUCUAAGGCCGGAUUUGUAUAGCUAUAACACGAUGUUAGAUGGAUACUGCAGAGAAGAGCAAAUUAGCAAAGCUUUUAUGCUUUGUGAGGAGAUGUUAAGGGAAGGAAUUAAUCCAUCGGUUGUGACCUAUAAUACUGUUCUCAAGGGAUUAGUUCAUGCGGCUUCCUAUGAGGAUGCUUUGUGCCUUUGGCGUUUGAUGGUAGAAAGAGGUGUGGCUCCGAAUGAGCUCAGCUAUUGUACUCUGCUUGAUUGUUUUUUCAAAAUGGGAAAUUAUGACAGGGCUAUGAUGCUGUGGAAAGAAAUUUUGGGCAGGGGUUUUACUAAGAGCACAGUUGCAUUCAAUACGAUGAUCAAUGGAUUAUUUAAAAUGGGGAAAUUGGUGGAAGCAGAGACUCUUUUUGAUAGGAUGAAGGAACUUGGAUGCUUGCCAGAUGAAAUAACAUAUAGGACUUUGAGUGACGGAUAUUGUAAAACUGGCAAUGUUGUUAAAGCUAUUAGAAUUAAAGAUGCCAUGGAAAGACAAGCAAUCUCUCCCUCCAUUGAAAUGUACAAUUCUCUUAUUAAUGGACUUUUUAAGUCUAGGAAGUCAACUGACGUCACUGAUCUCCUUGUUGAGAUGCAAACAAGAGGAUUAUCACCAAAUGCUGUUACCUACGGAACCCUUAUUUCUGGUUGGUGUAAUGAAGGGAAGCUGGACAAAGCUUUUAAUUUAUAUUUUGAGAUGAUUGAAAGAGGGUUCACUCCCAAUUUGGUGGUCUGUAGCAAAAUUGUCAGCAGCCUUUAUAAGGAUGCUAGAAUCAAUGAAGCAACUGCGAUCCUAGACAAGAUGGUGGAUUUUGAUCUUCUUACAAUUCAUAAGCGUUCUGAUAAGUUUGUCAAAAAUGAUGUCGUAAGUCUAGAAGCUCAGAAAAUUGCCGAUUCCCUUGAUAAAACUGCUAUAUGUAAUUCUCUUCCCAAUAAUAUUGUAUACAACAUAGCUAUAGCUGGACUAUGUAAGUCUGGGAAGGUUGAUGAAGCAAGGAAUGUUCUCUCAGUUUUGUUGUCUAGAGGUUUUCUUCCAGAUAAUUUCACGUACUGUACCUUAAUUCAUGCCUGUUCAGUUGCUGGCAAUGUGGAUGAUGCUUUCAACUUAAGGGAUGAGAUGUUGGAGAGAGGUCUUAUUCCCAAUAUUACUACGUAUAAUGCAUUAAUAAAUGGUUUGUGCAAAUUACGAAAUAUGGAUCGAGCACAGAGACUUUUCCAUAAACUUCAUCUCAAGGGCUUGGUUCCUAAUGUUGUUACCUAUAAUAUACUAAUCAGUGGUUACUGCAGGAUUGGCGAUCUUAAUGAAGCCUCUAAAUUGAGAGAAAAGAUGGUAGAAGAAGGAAUUUCUUCAACCCGUACUCUGCCUUGAUCAGAGGAUUCAAAGAAUACAGUGUAGACAGAUCUGAGCAUAAGGAGUGCAUGGAAUGAAGCUAUGCUAAUAGUGGUAAAGAAUGCUGCAGCGUGUGAAGCUGAUGGUAUAGCAGGAGGACAAGGAUGGAAGAGAGUGG